AUGGAAGGCUUUCUGACACAAUUCUUUGGCGGAGGUCGAGCAGCAAAACUAGAAGAAAGAGUGUGCGAGCUGGUUGAGCAAAGACAACAUUUUGGUGAGCUUGUACUUGAUGAUUGCGACAUCAAGGGAGACAAGUUUCGAAUUGGGGAGUUAGUAGGUGAGCAAAUCAAGAAAAAUUUGGAAGCAAUUUGGAGUUUCUUGUCAUUCGAUGGGGUGUCAAGCAUUGGGAUUUACGGUAUGGGAGGUGUUGGUAAAACAACACUUGCCAAGCAUGUGAAUAAUCAUCUUCAAGAACGAAGUGGCGAGCGUGUUGUAUGGAUCACAAUAUCUCAAGAGUUUACAAUCUCGAUGUUGCAAGAUGAAAUAGCCAAAUCCAUAGGCCGCGAUCCCUUAGAUGAGAGGAAUGACGAUAAAAGAGCAUCACGAUUGAAUGCAAUGCUAUCCAAAAUACACAAUCUUGUUAUUAUAUUUGAUGAUGUUUGGAAGUAUAUUGAUUUGAAAAGGGGUUGGGAGAUCCGCUCUGUGUGGAUGGAUGUAAAAUAG